AGGCCGCCGUGGCCGCCAUGCAGCUGACAGUGAAAGUGCUUCAGGGCCGCGAGUGCAGCCUGCAGGUGUCGGAGGACGAGCCGGUGUCCACGCUGAAACAUCUGGUUUCUGAGAAGCUCAACAUCCCCGUGCGCCAGCAGCGGCUGCUGUUCAAGGGCAAGGCCCUGGCAGAUGGGAAAAGACUCUCCGAUUACAGCGUUGGGCCCAAUUCCAAGCUCAACCUAGUGGUCAAACCUCUGGAGAAGGUGUUACUGGAAGAAAGCACCGCCCGGAGACUGGCCGAGGUCCCACCACCAUCCACACCAGCCUGGCAGCUGAUCUCCAAAGUCCUGGCCCACCACUUCAGUGCUGCAGAUGCCAGCAGAGUCCUGGAUCAACUACAGAGGGAUUAUGAGAGGUCCCUGAACCGCCUGACGCUGGAUGACAUCAAACGCUUGGCUAACCGCUUUCUGCACCCCGAAGUGACUGAAGCUAUGGAGAAGGGGUUCUCCAAAUAGGAUUCUCAGAGUGUGGGGAGGAGCCCGACCAGGCUACAAGCUGCAUGUAGCAUUAAAUGUGUUCUCCUGUUGCAAAAAAAAAAUAAAAAAAUGAAAAAAAUAAAUAAA